AUGGGGUUAACAGUUUUGGGUAUUCAGGAAUAUACUUAUUACUAUAUCAUUAUGGAGACAUUCAAUCAAGAGGUGCUGAAUCAAAAGGUCGCAGUGCUGGAGAUUGAGCUCACUCCUCUGGCAGCGCAGAGUCACAGCCACUUGGUCGGCUCCAGUCUCUGGAUCAGCCCUGCUCCAGCUCAGCCACAGGCUCCCGGCUCCUGCCAGUCACCUGGCACUCUGCAAGCUGCACAUAGAGAGGAUGGAGAAGCUCUCUGCCGCUCAGGUCCUGGCGCUGCUCUGCCUGGUGCUAAUUAUGUAUUUUAUCUUGUAUUACUAGGUUUCCACCUUCUACAAGGGGCUAUCAGCACAACCGUGAUUCCAUCAUGCAUCCCAGGAGACACCGAAGACAAUUGCACGGCUUUAGUUCAGAUGGAAGACAAUCCCCGUGUGGCCCAAGUGUCAAUUACUAAGUGUAGCUCUGACAUGAAUGGCUAUUGCUUGCAUGGACAGUGCAUCUACCUGGUGGACAUGAGUGAUAAUUACUGCAGAUGUGAUGUGGGCUACACUGGUGUCCGGUGUGAACACUUCUUUCUAACUGUUCACAAACCCUUGAGCAAAGAAUAUGUUGCACUGACCAUGAUAGUUAUUCUCCUGUUCCUUGUCAUAAUCGCUGGAUCCAUAUACUAUUUCUGCAGAUGGUACAAAUAUAGAAAAAGUAAGAAAUCAAAGAAGGAAUAUGAGAGAGUGACCUUUGGAGACCCAGCAGUGCCACAAGUCUGAACAUCAUCACCAAAUUAUGAACUGGGAUGCAUAGAAUGCCUGGUUAAUGUUAAUUUUCAUUUUAUUAAUAAUAUUUAUGGUGGGUCAUGUGUUAGGUCAACAACUGUAUAUUUUUAAUACACUUGGAAAGUUUUAUUUUUUGACAGACUAUUUGCUAAUAUAUUAUAUGUAAACUAUUUAAUAUCAAAAGAAAGUUGAUAUUUUUGUAAGAA